GAAACGUGUCGUCGCGUCGACGCGCGGGUUUUUCGGAAACCCGCCCACCGCAAGUUACUUAUCACCUUCGCUUUUGAAGCACCCAUUCCGCCGCCCGCGCUGGCGCUGCGAUGACGCUCUCGAUCGCGGCCACGUCCGUGUGCGAUGUCUGCCUGGAGCCCUUCAACACGGAGCGCAGGGCGCUCUGCUCGAUCCCGUGCGGGCACGCCUUCUGCUUCGACUGCCUGAAGCGCGUGAAGCCCGAGUGCCCCCUUUGUCGCCAGCCCUUCGAGUGGUCGGGCAUCCUGAGGCUGCACAUCGACAUUGAGCCGCCGAUCAACGCGAGCUCGCCCGCGUCCUCUGCGGGUGCGCCGGACUCGCCCUCCUCCGUGUCCUUGGCGACAACCCCGGACAUGCGUGCGCGUCAGCUGCAGGAGGCGAUCGUCACCGUCGCAAACGUGGGCGCGAGCGAGGACCGAACUCGUACCAGGAGCUACGCGUGAGCAUGCGCAUGAUGUCAACGCGCUCGACGUGGAGU